AUGGCUCACGUGUGGGAUCUGCUCGAAGAUACCUGCUGCGAUGGAAAGGCUUGGAGCAAGGAGGUGCAGCAUAGUGCGAGGAUUAUAUGUGCCGCAGCUGAGGCGUUCGAGCACAAGACUCAUACGAGGAUCAUCGACACUAUAGAGCAUCCAGACUCCAAGCUCCUUACUCUCACAGCACAGGCGUUCCGACGCGACUUCGAGGAACAGCUCCCGCAGAGUGUCCGGGACGUAGUCACAUACACCGACUUCCCAUACGCUACAGCAGACCAACAAGCCAGACUACCAGGCUUCAACAGCGACCGCAUCCCGGACAGUUACAGGAAACUCUUCCUCAAAGAUACACAAUUCAUCAUCAACAUCCCCGCCCUAACCGCAACCCCUUCAACAGCAGCAAAAACAUGGCUCUCCUUCCUCUCCUUCCUCAACGACGCAAACUGCGGCUACAUCCGCGACCUCGUCUUCCACUUCAACCACCUCGCCGUCCAACUCAACAUCCGCUCCCGCGUGUUCCCUGAAGAGCACGAGCACGCAGGCUCCAUCCGCGCGCCCGUCGUCGGCUUCAAGCUCGACCCAGCAGCCAACAAGGAGACCUGCUUCCUGAACCAGAACGAGACUGAUUUCCGCCAAGCGUCGGAUUGGUUACGGCAGAGUUUCCAGAAGAUUACGAAUGAUCGCGAGCUGUUUUUGGGGGCGGGGAGGUUUGGGACGAGGGAGGUUAACAAGGUGGGGAAGACGGUGUUGAGGUUGCCGGCGCUUUGUUGUUGGUUGAGGGGGAGGAGGUGUGGGGUUGGGGAUGGGGGUAAGGGGAGGGAGGAUUCGGGGACGGGGUUGGUGAUGCCGUCGUCGAUGGAGGUGGAGGUGCUGGAGGAGAUGGGAGCGUGUGUGGUGGGGUUGCCGACGGAGGUGGAGUUGAGGGAGCAUGCGGAUGAGUGUGGGGAGUGUGGUUGUGGGUGGGUGAGGGGGGCGGAUGGUGCGCUGUGA